AGCAUUUCUUCAGUUAUCUCUGGAUUUUCUUCAGAGUUCAGAUACGAGUGCUUAAGUUCUCCCAGAGUUGACCCACUCGAUAAACCGAAGUAAAAGUUGAAAAUGUUGAGGACGGCGGCUUUUUCGGCGUUGAACGCGUGCCGUUCCCUCCGAACGCCCUCGGUCCGGGUGGCGCGUUGCAUGAGCCACGGGCCUCAAGAAUCCGACGAGGCCUUCGACGAGAGGUACCUCAAGCAUUUCAACAGGCCGGACAUCGACAACUGGGACGUGCGAAAGGCGAUGAAUGACCUCACGGGCAUGGACCUCGUCCCCGAGCCCAAGAUCAUCGAGGCUGCGUUGAGGGCCUGCAGAAGGGUCAACGACUACGCCCUCGCCGUCAGGUUCCUCGAGGCUCUCAAGUUGAAAACCGCCGCCAGACCUGAUAUCUACUCUUACCUUCUCCAGGAGUUGAAGCCCACACUCGACGAACUCGGCGUCGACACCCCCGAGGCACUCGGAUACGACAAACCCGAGCUCGCCGUCUCCAGUGUCUACGAGAUACAUUGACACCCUUAUUCUUCUCUGCUUUAAAUAUUAAAAGAAUUUCUCUUGAGUAUAUACCUCUUAAAGGAGAUACUUUAGUCUGUACAUCAAUUAAUUAAUUAAUAAAAUGGCAUAAAACAGUA